AUGGCAGACGCAUUGUGGCCUGGCCAGGCCGCUGGCCUGGGCCAAGGUUGGGAACAACUAAGAGACGAACCGCAAUCCACAAGAGCAAAGAAUCAAGCGGACAGUAUGGGGGCUGACAAGCCGGUCCAGAGUUUCCACCCAACGAAUGAGGCGUCUUCUUCUUACCGGUGGAAAAAUUUCGGAGCGAUUGGGGCAGCGAUGCUGUUGGCUCUGGCGCUGACGUUAGGAAUAACCAAGGCACGACAAAGGGCAGGAAUUGGUAUGACGCCAUCAAAACCAGAAUAUUUGCAGCCUUCCGAAGGAAGUCAGCAAGAAUUUUCUACAAAAGAAUUAGAAUACUUUGCCGGGCCCCUUAAAGCCGAUAAGGCCCAGGUAACUCUAGAAGACGAAGUAACUGGAGGCACCGUCCCUCCACCUCUCGAACAGCAAGCAGAUGAGGCUGAAGAGGAGCCACAAGAGCUAGCAAAAGAAACGGUUGAACAAGCCUACGUACCGGCACAGCACACCCCAGCUCCCCUAAUCGAAGCAGGAGACGAGGAGCCGCCUGCGGACGGUGACAAUGUGACACCUCGAGCUGGUGAGGCUGCAGGGGAGCCGGAAGAAUCGGCAGAAUCAGAAGAGAGUGAAGAGGAAACGGAAGGCAGUUCUACAGCGGAGUCUGAAGCAGGAGACGAGGAGCCGCCUGCGGACGGUGACAAUAUGACACCUCGAGCUGCAGAGGCUGCAGGGGAGCCGGCAGAAUCGGCAGAAUCAGAAGAGAGUGAAGCGGAAACGGAUGGCAUUUCUGCAGCGGAGUCUGGAGCAGGAGACGAGGAGCCGCCUGCGGACGGUGACAAUGUGACACCUCGAGCUGGUGAGGCUGCAGGGGAGCCGGAAGAACCGGCAGAAUCAGAAGAGAGUGAAGCGGAAACGGAUGGCAUUAGACGUCGCCUCAGACCUCGUCCUCUGCUCCUCGGCGGACGCCUGCCACUGUAUGUGACACCUCGAGCUGGUGAGGCUGCAGGGGAGCCGGAAGAAUCGGCAGAAUCAGAAGAGAGUGAAGAGGAAACGGAAGGCAGUUCUGCAGCGGAGUCUGAAGCAGGAGACGAGGAGCCGCCUGCGGACGGUGACAAUGUGACACCUCGAGCUGGUGAGGC